AUGGAGACGGUUGCAGGAGACAGUCCAGACACACCAGUGGGAGCAGAUCCAGACGAUGCUGCAGAAGAUGUUUCUGAUCGCCAAGAGAAUCUCGGCACUGAUCCAGCUGUCCUAGCCUUGAUCGAGGGCCUCAAGGGGCCCAAAACUUCGGUCCAGGUCAUGACCACUAGCGGCUGGAGCUUACCAGUCAUGGAUCCUAAUGUCGCCAAAUCCUGCCUCGUAUUCAUCCCUGACCGGAUAGACAAGGAGAAGAUCAUGGACUUCACCAGUAUCCACCUUGCUUCCCUAAUACCAGCAGAACAAAUUCAGAAUCGCUGGCUGAACAGGAUGGUCCCAAUGCCCGACCAUGUGAUGCAGGCUUACCCCCCUAGCAUCACGUCUUUACUCCAUCAGAUUCUCAAAUCGUAUGCUGGUACCGCCAUUCGGGGUCGUGGAGUCCUGCCAUUCGUACAUCCGUUACAGACCGCUGAUUAUGAAUGGAAUGAGUCAUUGUCAACCUGUCUAUCAGCCGUUCGGAUCCUCGAUAACCCGAUCCUCGGCCCCGAGAAAACCGCGGUAAACCUCAUCAGGAGCGCGAUGUCUAACAUCGAAAAAGAGUACCUCUCAUACAGCCCGAUGGGUGCCUUGGCUGCCUUUCAGGCCUACCUGAUUUACACGCUCGCACUCUACUUCUACGUGGAACAAGAUCGCGACGACUAUCUUGCCAACGCGAUGGUUAUCCUCCAAGCACUAGCACGCCACGUCACACUGCAAGGCCUCGCGGUCCGGUCCAAGGCGUCGAAUUGCCGUCCAAUUUGGGAAGAGUGGGUGGCUGCAGAAGCGAAGCGUCGGACGAUACUAGUCAUGUAUCUGUUUGACACUCUGCUGGCCAUAGGAUACGAACUCCCGACGUACUUGAUGGUGGAGCUGCAGGGGCUGCCCGCUCCAGGUCCAAAGUCUCUCUGGCAGGCGAGGGUCCGGACUGACUGGAAACUGGCGAAUACUGCAUGCGAAACUCACUGGGACAAUGGUGCAUAUCUUCGGAUAUUCGAGCUAUGGCCCCCGCCGCCGACCCUGGAUGCAUUUGAUGCCCAGAGGCGCCGGAACCGCGUUGAUCUCUGGCUCGAGGACGUCGAUGAGUUUGGGACGUUUUUUUAUGCGUUUAUGGCUUCUACCCACGGCCAACGAAUCCCGCAAGAAUUGUCUUGA